UGACUCAGCAGCGUAUACAGAAAGCGUGAUGCACUUUCGAACAGUUUAAAUCGAUUAGUCUGAUGCAACAUCAAGGCCAGAAACAUAACUCCAAUUUUAACAACGCCUGUAAUCUGCGUGUCUAGUUCUAAUCGUUCUAUCCCAAGGGUGUAUGUUCCGAAACGCAUCUACCAUCUCCCCUCUGUAUUUAAAACCUAUCGAACAUCGUAAACCUAGAAACGAACAGACGCAGAUGAGAAUUUCACUCAACAAACGGGAAUUAUUUCGUCACGUUCAAAAGGCUGAUUCAACCCUGACGCCGGGAACUCGGGGAAUCGACCUAUCGCUGUCCGCGAGUCAGCUCGUCCAAUCGUUUCACCGGAAAGUGGUGUGCGCCUCUGUGACGCACUUAGUGCCACGCUGGCAGUUCAAUUGACAAUUGUGGGAUUCGAGUAGCGUGUGUUCGACGCAUCCUGGUGUGAAAAACAACAACAAACGGUCGUUUGAGGAGCUGGUGAAUCGUAUUCUUCUAAAGUUCCUUAACGUUAGACGUGCGGUCUAAGCGAGUGGCUCGAAAGUGGCACGUUAGAAAAAUGUUCGUACGAAGAACGUACAAGCUUUCAGACACUCGCUCUUUCCUUCUGUGUCCCUCUCUUGCUCUCCCGAUGCAGUAAAAUCUUCAGGGUGGGGCGAAGAGGCCAAACGUCCGUCCGUCUGUCCGUGACGGGCUCUUUUGCUCCGUUAGUCGGCUGGUGUGUUGUAUCGCGUCGAGGUGCAACGUCGGUGCAGUGCACAGUGUUUUUGAUGGGAGAAUAACGCGGUGCAUACCACAGGCACACGCAUACACACCGAUAGACGACCCGUUACAGUGUUCGCGUUAAUCAACGAGGAUCGAGAUGUCGUCGGACAUGAACCUGAUGGAUUUCCUAUUCCCGCGGGAGGAUGCGUUCUUGAAAGGCGAUAUUAAGGACGAGCCUUUCAUAGAUCAGACCUACAACGACGACGCCAUCGCAGCGGAAGAAUGGCCGACGAACACGGACGACUUCCUCGACUCGAUCUUCAAACUGGAGGAUAAUCAGUUCAGUUUGAUCGACAAUGAUUUAGAAACAAUUCCGUCCUCCUCGUCGGACAGCGGACUCUCCAGUGCUCUCAGUUUGUCCUGUGAACAACAGUUGAGUCCUCUGUUGCCGAUCGAGGAGGAUCAAGUGGAGAUGAGCAACUCCGAGAUGAGCAGCCCUCAGAAUAUCAUGGACUUCGAGUCUUUCGGCAGUCCUAAUCAAUCUAUGGACAGUCCUGUGAGAUCGGUCAUCAGCUCUAACAUCGAUUCGCCCGGAGCUGGCGAUGUUGCCGAAGAAAUGGACGUCGAGCAGACUCUCGUAGCGGUUGUGAACCCGAAUAACACGCUCGCGGAUGGGAACGCUAUUGUAACGGAGCAACCGGUUGUCGAUAUAGACAAAACACCGAAGCAACAGAUACACGUUGCAUCGCAGGAAAGCAACACGAUAAACGUUCGCAAUAUCACGUGCAAUGGGAAAAGAAAUAGUAUCAGACAGUUGAUACGGGUCACGCCGAUGGGUUCCGGAAACCCGAGGUCCAUUUUACUGCCGGUUAGUCUGAAAGACAUGAAGGAAGUGAGGACUAUCAAAAUCAUCAACGCGUCGCAAGCGAGGAAUUUGAAAGGGUUCAAAAUCAACCAGGCUAAUAUAAUUAAUAAACCAGUUCAGAUGACCAUUAAACAAGAGGAUUCGAGCAGCGAGAAAGGUUGCAACUCGAGCGACGAGGUUUCAGAGACCGAUUCCCCGUACCCGAGGCUAAAACUGAACGCAGAAGAGAAACGUCUGCUGCAAAAAGAAGGAAUUACCCUGCCGACUCAUUAUCCGCUGACAAAGUACGAGGAACGGGAAUUGAAGAGGAUCAGACGCAAGAUUCGCAACAAAAUAUCCGCCCAGGAUUCGCGGAAGAGGAAAAAGGAGUACGUGGACGGGUUGGAGGAUCGGGUGAAGCAAUGCACCGAGGAGAACAUGACGCUGUUGAAACGCAUCAAGGCGCUUCAAUUGCAGAAUCAGAGUCUGGCCGGGCAACUGAAACGGCUUCAGGCACUGUUGCAAAAGGGCAACAAGAGCGCCCAGCCAGCCACUUGUCUGAUGGUCUUGUUGCUCUCAUUGGCCCUCGUUGCUGUACCGAAUCUGCGGCCCCAUUCGAAUACCAACAACGAACUCUCGCAGGAACAGGAACAGCCUGAAAAGAUGCCACCGUUAGCAGGGCGUUCUCGAACAUUGCUGUACACGAAACAGCUGAUGGACGAGGAGCUGCAGCAAUACAGCGAGGAAUUGCUGCAGGAAGUGGAGGGACUUCUGGAUCACGAUUACAGCCCCGCGAUCCAGCCACCCCUCUACAAACGUCCUCGCAUGGACAUGGAACCGGCGCCAAAGUGCGUCUCGUCUUCGGAUCACGUUGGCGGCACGCUCUGCGGACGACAGGAAAUCAGUAUGUCGAAUGCGGCUAGAAAGUACAUUGAACCACCAUUGGAUGACGUCUGGCCACCACCUAACCCAGGCGGGCAGCAGAAGGUGGUCGAUAAACUCGGAGCGCUAACGAACGAGCUGAAGAUCAACAUCUCCGAUUCCGAGGGCACGAGAACGGUCCUCCUGAAGGUGCCCCAAGAACAAUAGGCAAUCAUUUCUAUCAUUUUUCUAACCCUUUGCGAGAUUUCCAAAAUUUUCUAAACAUGUUCUUUUGAAAUAAAUUAGAAAACGUGCACUGUUCGGAGUGAUUCCACAGAAAUGUAAUUAGUAUCUUAAAAAUACAGUAAUUACACUGUUCUACGUAGUGAAUAGAAAAAGUUAGGAUAAUUAAAAUAUUAUUUUCCAUCGCUUCGAGCAGCAGAUUGCAAAGGGUUAAUCAGUGAUGAAAGUAAGCAAAUAUGCAUACUUUUUCGUACAUUUUUCUGCGUGAAUAUUUUAUCGAAAUUGCGGAGAAUUCGACUACCUUCUUGUAAUAGCCAUCGAUAAGGUUGAAGAUUUUUCUCGAUGAAUCUUAAUAACGUUAAGUGUCUAGUUUCUUUGUUCUUUCUUUU